UGUGGUAACCCAAUUAACGGUAAGUGUCUUCAGCUGCAAUAAAGUUAUUUUCAGCGUUACAUAUAAAUGCUACAUUUGUUUCUAUUCGUUUUAUAUUAUUUAUAUAUUUGUUAAUAUCGUUGAUAAAUGGAUCUAGAAGGCCCUGCCUCACCAAUUUUUCCCUUCACACCGAUCACUAUAAGAGAUUGUAGUUUCGAUUUUGAUGGUGCCAACAGUGAUGCUGAUCCUGAUGACAACACCACGCUUACACCCUUGCUUCGUCGCUUAAAUACAGUACAAAAUAUACUAACGCCAAAAUCACUACUACGCGCUGUAGCAAAAUCUCCGGCCAAAACGCCAACAAUUAUUAAUGGUCGACUUGCGCCACCACAAUUAAAACAACACUAUAGCAAAUCGCCACAACGUCGUGGUUCACCACUGGCUGGCUUUCGCCGUUUGCGUUCACCGCAUACAUCCAACGGCCUUGGUGGCCUCCCCACACGUCUCGAGGUGCCAACGCAACGCAAUUUUGCUGCAGCAAAUAAAGAUGGUUCUUCUAAAACUAAUUCGACAGUUAAAAAUUUAGCUGCUCGACGUCAUUGCCGGCCAUUAGGUUUGAAGGAGUUGCAACGGCGCUAUGCAAAACCGUUUGAAGUGUAUGCUGUGCCGAAACCACUAAGUCCAAGGGUUGGUUACUUGUUGCGGCGUGUAGGCAUGAUAAAAUACAAAUCGAUAUUUCAAAUGGAAGAAGUGGAUUAUGUAGUAUUUUGUACGUUGAGCGAAGGUGAUUUACUGCAGCUUGGCAUUGCGAAUGACGGUGAUCGAGGCGAGAUAUAUAAGGCUGUGCAGCUGGCGGAUGUUCUUAUUAGAGAUUGGUUGUGAGCGUAUACAUCGCACUAUAUUGUUUAUAAGUAAAUAAAGUAAUUCAAAAAUGUUUGUUUUAAAAA